GACCACUAAAAACUGUUUGAAAUGGGCCAAAGGAUAUUUUAAAGAGCGGUUAAUCGGUCUUAGCGCUGAACAUGAAGGCAUUUCGAUAAAGAUUUCGGAGAUAACCCAAUGCUCCGGAGACGCAGAUUUGAAUCAGAGAAAGGGAAAAUUGAUCCCAUUCAUUGAUUUAGUGAUAGAAUUGGCUUGGUGUGCCACUGCAUCGGAUGGCACCGAAGUUACAGGAAAGAUUCGUAUUCCUGAACUUCAAGGCACAGAAGGGGAUUGUGAGUUUCAAAUUAGUGUUGACGAUGAAACUAGUGAUAAAGAACUCAUUAAGGAAGUAAUCCGUAACCAUCUGACUCCUUUGAUAAGCGAAAAGUUUAAGAAUUUUGGCAAAGAUAUGCUAGAAACUCAUAGUAAAGACGUUUAUAUUGAACCUUCUCAACUUGGUGAGUCUACUCCACCACGAUCUGCAACGCCAAUUGAGUCUGCAGGAACUUCUCAAUCGCCGGCUCCUAUCGCCACUUCGAUUGGAUCCACGGUUACAGCGAGCACUACCAAACCCAAAUUCGUGAACACCAAUACAAUUAAAGAAACAGUCGAACUGCAAACUUCGGCAGACCAAGUCUAUGAAACUUUACUCGAUGCGGGUCGCGUUGCUGCCUGGACGAGAUCAAGGCCUGAUAUCUUUCGACAUGUUGGAAGCACCUUUAGUUUAUUUGAAGGAAACAUUACUGGAACCAUUCUAGAACUAGAUUCAAACAAAAAAAUCGUACAAACUUGGAGGCUGAAAACUUGGCCAGAAGGUCACUUUUCAACGGUCACUCUAGAAUUUGAACAAACAAGUGAUUAUACCCUUGUCAAUAUCACUCAAAAAGGCGUUCCCGUUGGUGAAGAAGAAAUUGUCAAACAAAACUGGCAAAAUUAUUAUUGGAAUCCCAUUAAAAGCGUUUUCGGGUACGGAUCAAUCUCUCAACCAAUUAAAAUACCUCGUAAAACUAAAAAUAGUAACAAGCGUAGGAAUAUUAGUAACGAGGGUGGUGAUAUGGUGCGCUCAUAUGAUGCUGCAAGAAAAUUUGUAUGCAAGAAGAACGUUCUUCCCGGUG